AUGCCACAGACGUCAACCGCGCGCCUGAUGCGAGCCACGCAGGAGUUCGCGCAGGCAACUGAGAAGACGCGAGCAGAGGCUGGCGACACGGUCCUAUACCUCGCGUACGGGUCCAACAUGUGCGCCGAGACGUUUCUCGGCAAGCGCGGAGUGAGGCCGCUGUCGCAGGUCAACGUGUCGGCGCCGACGCUGAAGCUGUCGUUUAACCUGUCCGGCAUCCCGUACGAGGAGCCGUGCUUUGCCAAUGUGGUCAUCAGGAAGAAGCUCCCCAAGCUGCCGGACGGCCCCAAGUUCCCGUCGCCGCCGCCGUUCGACCCUCCGGCGUACGCCCACGGCGUGUGGGACGGCAGCCUGAUGGGCGUCGUGUACGAGGUGACGAGGGAGGACUACGCCGCCAUCAUCCGCACCGAGGGCGGCGGCACGGGGUACAAGGAGAUCGUGGUGCCGUGCGUGCCUCUGCCGCCGGACGUGAGCGUGGGGGACCCGUCGCCGAUCCCGGAGCUGCCCAGGCCCGUCUUGGCCAGGACGCUCUACAUGCCGUACCGCCUGACCGAGGGCGGCGGCGGCGACGACGACGACGACGACGACGACGACGGGAAGCCGACCAGGGAGAGACCGCUGCUCGCCAGGAUAUUCGGCGGCCGCCAGAGACGAGAGCCGGACUACGCCCAGCCCAGCCCGCGUUAUCUCAAGCUGCUACGUGACGGCGCCGACGAGCACAACCUCCCGGCCGCCUACCAGAGGUACCUCGGCGACCUGCAGGCGUACAGGAGGACGACGGCGAUGCAGGAGAUAGGUCGCGUCGUCUUCCUCGCGUCGUGCGGGCCCGUGAUCCUCACCCUCAUGGCGCUGGCGCAGGCGACGGCCUACAGGGAUGGGACUUACCGGCCUGCGGUGGCGACCCUCAUGAAUGCCGUCUUCAACAUCCUCUGGGUCGCCUACGACUGCAUCUUCAAGCCGGUGUUUGGUGAUGGGGAGCGAACACAGGAGUGA